UUGCAAUUAUUUUGAAUGAGCGAGCCUGUAUAAACAAGAGGCAAAGCGGGAAAUUAAAAAGCACACAUUUUAGUUUUGUUUUAUGCAGCUAGUUGUGUGGUUUAGAUAAGAUGGAAUUUGAGAAAAUACUACCGCAAGAAGCUGAUGAGAGUGAUGAUUCAGAUAGCAGUCAGCUUACAAAUACUUCAUCCACUUCCAACACAGCCAUUAAUAAAACCAAACGAAAAAAGAGAAAUGAAUACAAUUCAAAACCAAAACGAAAAGGCAAAAGACUGAAUAAAAAUGUUAAUACCCAAUUAUCUACUGGAAAUAAAUCUAAAAUGAAUUACAAGUGCACAAAUUUUAUAAAGGAAGACCAUAAACAGCCAAUAUUUGGUGUUCAAUUUUAUCAACAUUUAAUUGAUGGUGAAGAAGACCCAUUAAUAUUUGGAACAGUUGGUAGUAAUAGGGCAUCUAUUUACAGGUGUGGUGAGGAUUGUGGUCGAAUCAAUUUAUAUCAAAGCUAUGCUGAUGCUGACCCAGAAGAAAGUUUUUACACAUGUACCUGGACAUGUUUUCCUGACACAGGAGAUCCAGUUUUUUGUUUUGCUGGUGCAAAAGGCAUCAUACAUGUGUUAAACCCCGUCACAAGACAAUUUGUUGUGACAUUCCAGGGUCAUGGUAGUGCAAUAAAUGAAUUAAAAACACAUCCAUUAGAUUCAUUUCUUAUAUUAUCCACCAGUAAAGAUCAUACACUACGACUGUGGAACAUUAAAACAGAUUCAUGCGUUGCUGUGUUUGGCGGAGUAGACGGUCACAGAGAUGAAGUAUUAGGAAUAGACUUUGAUAUACUGGGAACAAGAAUUGUAUCUUGCGGUAUGGAUCACUCACUGAAAUUUUGGUCUCUUGAGACAAAGGAAAUAAAAAAGACUAUUGCUGAUUCUCAUAACUACUCAGCAGAGGAACAGAAAAAGGUAUUUCCUACAUUGGCUGUGCAUUAUCCUGAAUUCACAACACGUGAUGUUCACAGGAAUUACGUCGACUGUUGUGUAUGGUUGGGGGACCUGGUCUUAUCAAAGUCUUGCGACAACCAAGUAGUAUGUUGGCAAGCUAAGGAUAGCAUCGAGACAAUCAUGAAAAGGAAGCAUAACUCUGAUAUAGGUGUAUUCAUUUUGCACAAGUUCGAUAUAACUCAAUGUGAUAUCUGGUUCAUGAGAUUCGCUGUUGAUUAUCAGCAAACAAUUUUAGCUUUGGGAAAUCAGGUUGGAAAGAUAUAUUUAUAUGAUUUGGAAUAUGAACAUCCAUCACUUUCAAAGCCAGUUUUACUACAUCACAACCGAUGCAACUCAGCAGUGCGACAAAUAAGUUUUAGCAGUAAUGCCAAAAUCCUUAUUGCUGUUUGUGACGAUGGUACGAUAUGGCGAUGGGAUAAGCAAGUCUGAGAAGCACGUUAAAAUAAUCUUGCCUCCCUGCAUAUGAAGAUAUUUUCCGCGCAAGAAGAAUAAACUCCGUCUAAUGUUUUUACGUCGCAUAAAAGAAGAAAGAAAAAUCAGUUUUGUGAUAUGAAGAUAUGAUAUGUGAUAUGAAGAUAUGAUAUGUAAAAUAAGCACUUAAUGAAGCAUUUGUAAAAUAAUUAACAGCUUUAAAGAAAUUGUUAUAUGAUAUAACUUGU